AUGGUACAGUCCUGUUCAGGCAGACUUGAUAGAAGAGACUCGAAAGUUUGUUCAACAAGGGAAAUGAAGGGACUCUCACCGCUGCACUUGAUCUUGACAAUCCUUCUAGUCAACACAAUUAGCGCAAAUGUUGUCGAAUCUGAUUUUAUUUGUGAGCAAUUCAUUAUCCCCAAAGAUAGGAUCAAUACUGCAAUUGAUCACGCCUGUUGGGCUCUCAGCACUUCAUCAAGUAAGACUAAAUAUCCAGCCGAAUUCGAUCCUUCCGCAACUUUUUCCAUACACGAUGCUAUUCUAUUUUCCUGGCCUGUCACAAUUGAUGGGGAUUAUUACUUCAAAGGCCAUGCAGGAAAGUUUCGAUUGCUUUUAGACUCGAGUUGUAAGUUCUUCGGGAUGAUUGCCAUCAACGAAAAUAAACCUGAUGUACGAUGCUAUCAACCGGUAAAAGCAGUGCGCUUAUAUGAUUUAUCUCUUGGUUCUGGUCCGAGGAGUCCAACUGUUAUCCGGGGUUUCAGAUGCCAGAAUGAAAUUUUCGAUUCAUCGUACGUGGAUCAUAACUUCAAAGAAAAUUUAAAACUCUAUAAUGUGUGGAAAUAUAGAAAAAGCAACGUCCAUUUAAAUAGCAAUAUAGCUGUCAACAAGUUAUAUCAAACGACCGUCUAUUUAUUGCCUAGUGAGAUAGCAAACACUCCGAAUCAUAACAUAGAAAAUAUUCGCAACCCCUACUUUUCUGUGAUCAAUCCUCAGUUUGAAAUGUUAGGCAUGGUGUUUAGGAACAUCAAUGGCUGGGCAAAAUGUGAAGAGCUUCAUGAAAUUGAACCAUUAACACGACAAUCCUUAGAUAUAAAUAAGAAUUCCAUCGGAGAAACUAUCUUUCCAGUAGCGAGUGGUUACCAUUGCGGCUCACACGAAUUUUCGCGAAAAUCCAUCAAUAGCCACAUGCAGCUAGCCUGUAAUAUGAUGAAACGAAAAGCUGUAUAUCGUUCAAGAGGCCUAUUUGGUGACGAAAAUUACAGGAUUUCAAUCCCCAAAGCAGGAGUCUUUCUUGCUCUAUCGCAGUCCAUAAAAUUACCAGAAGCUUUGUUUAAAAUCAAAGGAACAGGUUAUGGGAUACCAAAUAAAGCUUUUGUGUUGUUCGACGAACAAUGUCAUUACCAUGGAACUUUUUGGUACCAACAAAGACGCGCUGUGAAAUGCACUCAAUUAUCAACUUAA